AUGUCCUUUGAACGAGGGUACUCUUCACCCUACUUUGUGACGAAUACCAAAUCGCAGAAGUGCGAGUUAGAUAGCGCCUUGAUAUUUGUGACAAAUCGCAAACUCUCUAAUGUGGCGCACAUUCUUCCAGCGUUGAACUACACCAUUCAGCAAAAGCGGCCUCUUUUGGUUAUUUUGGAGGAUCUGGAUGGGGAGACAAUGCACACAUUUUUGUACAACAAGAUGCAAGGCAGAAUUUUGGGCUGUGCAGUGAAGGCACCUGGUUUUGGUGAUAUGUGCAUCAAUCAACUGCAGGGUAUUGCUAUCUUUACAGGGGCGCAGAUGAUAUCGGAAGACUUAGGGUUAAGCCUUGAUCACAACGAUUUCUCAGAUCGCCUGCUUGGCUCGUGCAAGAGGGCGACGAUCUCUCGAGACGAGUGCAUUCUCAUGGAGGGUGGUGGUAGUGCCAUUGCUGUGGAAGAGCGAGUACAAAUGAUUCGAGACAUGAUUGCCGCUGAGGAUCAUGAAUACAACCGUGAGCGACUCGUUGAGCGCCUGGCACAGCUCUCGGGUGGUGUUGCCGUUGUCAAAGUUGGUGGCGCCUCGGAGGUGGAAAUUAAUGAGAAGAAAGAUCGCAUUGUCGACGCAUUGAACGCCACACGCGCUGCCGUGGCGGAGGGCGUUUUGGCUGGCGGUGGCACGGCUCUUCUUAUUGCCUUUUUCACAAUGUUGACGCCGGUUCGAAUAUCGCCUGGAAGGCCACAGUCCUUGGCGACUGCGUCAAGUCGCACAGAAGCGAUAAGAAGAGCCGUGCCGUUGUAUUGCGAACGAUGCCAAGGUGGAGGGUAG